AUGUCGUCCCUAACAGCACCCGCGUCUUCUGAGACAGCGACACCAGUUAAACAGGAGGACUCCUCGACACUCGAGCACAUCCAGGUGCCGUCCACUGCUAGCCUUGUCACUCCAGCUACGCCAGCAGCACCAACAACUCCGGCUACACCGACUUCGUGUCUGACGGCUGCACUUGCGACUGUAACAUCUCCGCAAGAUGGCCAACAAUGCUCAAACUGUGGCACUACCAAAACUCCACUUUGGAGGAGGGCGCCUGAUGGAACCCUCAUCUGCAAUGCCUGUGGGUUGUACCUUCGUUCAAACAACACCCAUAGGCCCGUAAAUCUCAAGCGUCCUCCCAACACGAUACCCAUAACCAAAACCGAAGAAGGAUCCUGUAAAGGCGAUGGCAGAUGUAACGGAACUGGAGGAUCGGCUGCCUGUAAAGGAUGUCCCGCCUACAACAACCGGGUUGUAGUAAGCAAACGCGAGAAGUCUGCAUCUACACCUCCCAUGGAAUCGACUCCGGCCACAUCACCACAGCCAGAAAAGAGAGUAGCUACCGAUGUAGACGAAGACUCUCUAGCCAUUGCCUGUUUCAACUGUGGAACCACUAUUACUCCACUCUGGAGAAGGGAUGAUGCCGGUAAUACUAUCUGCAAUGCCUGUGGACUAUACUACAGAUUGCAUGGGUCGCAUCGUCCAAUCAGGAUGAAAAGAACGACCAUCAAGAGAAGGAAGAGGAACAUGGCUUCGGGCAAGAAAGAUGCUUCGGCCUCUGACUCAAACACAGAAGACAAAGAGCCUCGUAGUCCGGAGGACGCUCGAAAUACCCAUAGUCCACAAUUGAAUACUCUUCAUUCCCCUACUGCAGGUUUGGGCUCUCCUAAUGGGUCGACUCUACCUCCAAUUUCGUACAACCAUCCUCUCCUGAGACUGGCUCCUCCGGUGUCAAACUCUCCUACUUCGUACUAUCCUCCAUACACCCCUGGAGGACGUAUUCCAAACGGUCCAGGUCCUCUACCAGGUCCUCCACCACCUCAACCGGCUUCGCAGUACGGCUUCUCCAUCCCCCAAACCCACCAACCACCUUUGCAUUAUGGAAUAUACAACCAAAAUUCGGACAUAAAACUUCCUCUGAUCCAGCUCCACGAAGCUGGGCCCCACAGCCGGCACCUUUUGGCACCUAUCAUCAAGAAAGAAGCCAUUCCGUCAAUCUCUACAUCCAAAUCUGCAUCAAUUAUCCCGCCUGUGUCGGAAUUCGUAGGUUCUCGACAAUCUACUCCGGGAGUAUCUGAUGGUAUCAAAAAGAGAUCGGCGUCUUCAACUCCAAUUGCGAUCGAUUUUACGUCGACUUUCAGGUCUCCUGCUGCUUCUAACGGUAAUACGUCUACUAUAUCUGAUACUAACAACGAUAGUGAAGGCAGCAAAAAGGACCACCGCACGCACGCAUUGUCGAUUGGAGGCUUGUUAAAUGGAUAG